AUGCCAGACGCCGAAUCAACCCGCAAGCGAUCGCGCUCUCCAUCCGACACUGAGCAGCAGAAGCAUCACAAGCGCCCCAACACGGGAGCUGCCUCAUCGGCCAAUACCCUCAGCGCAGCCAAUGCGAACGAUACCAACUCGUCGACGCCCAACUCCAACCGUAAUGAUGUAAAGAAGGACGCCGACGCCCAGGCGACGGCAGGCGAGAACAAGAACUCAGCGACAACCUCAGGUGAACCGUCGUCGUCGACCUCAGCACCCCCACCACCGUCAGGCAACAUCCACAUGCGCUGCCUGAUCGUCACGCAGGACGCCUCCAUCAUUAUCGGGAAGGGCGGCACGCACGUCAACGAGAUUCGGGAGAAAAGCGGUGCGCGCGUUAUGGUUUCCGAGAGUAUUCCCGGAAACCCAGAGCGCAUCCUCAACGUCAGCGGACCGCUCGACGCUGUCUCUAAGGCCUUUGGACUCAUCGUUCGUAGGAUUAACGACGAGCCCUUUGAUGUGCCCUCUGUUCCAGGCAGCAGGGCGGUGACUAUUAAGUUCAUGAUCCCGAACUCGCGUAUGGGGUCGGUUAUCGGUAAACAAGGCUCGAAGAUCAAGGAGAUUCAAGACGCCAGUGGUGCUAGAUUGAAUGCUAGUGAAGGCAUGCUUCCAGGCUCAACGGAGCGUGUGCUGAGCGUGGCAGGCGUUGCAGACGCGAUCCAUAUUGCGACAUACUACAUUGGGAACAUCCUCCUCGAGGCGCAAGAGAGGAUGCCUUCCUUCAACAACUCUUCCUACCGACCCGGCAACCCUCGCGCAACAGGGCGUCCCAUGGGCGGACCGGGAGGUUCCUCGUACAUGCCCGGUGCGGCACCGUACCACCCUGGAGGCUCAUCCUAUGCUCCCCACAACCCACCUCAACAGCUCCAGACACAGCAAAUCUACAUCCCGAACGACCUCGUUGGAUGUAUCAUUGGCAAGGGUGGAAGCAAGAUCAACGAGAUCAGGCAUAUGAGCGCGAGUCAAAUCAAGAUUAUGGAGCCUGGCGCGACGGGCGUAGGGAUGAACGGUGCGCCUGCAGGGGGCGAGGGCGAGCGACUGGUGGUGAUCACAGGCCAGCCUGCAAACAUCCAGAUGGCGGUGCAGCUGCUCUAUCACCGCUUAGAACAAGAGAAGCAAAAGCAGCUCCGUGCCUCUGCGAACGUUGGUUAA